AUGUAUGGCAAAUUUUCUGAGCAAGAUAAUAACGGUUUUGCUUUUUUGGUUCAAAUAUCUAAUAUCGAAAUGGAUAUUUCACUGGAUAACUCUGUAUACCAAUCAGAUCGGGCUGCAGUUUUAUUGAUAAACAUUGAUUUCAAGCUAUUUUGCUUUCUCUAUUGCUUCAAUCGAUUGCUUUUAAAAUUCUCAAGUUUGGUAGCCUUGAUUGACUAUGAUUAUCCAACAAAAGAUAUGUUCAAAAUUUAUUCUCCGCAAAAAAAGAUGGUUCAAUGA